GGAAGGCCGGCGGCGCGCACCGCCCGGUUCCCGGCGGCGGGCCGUGCGCACGCGCGGAGGCGGCGAGGCCCGGCCCGGCCAGGCCCGAGAGCGGUGGCCGCGCCAUGAGCGCCUGGUAGAGCGGCCGCGAUGAACCUGCGCGGCUUCUUCCAGGACUUCAACCCCAGCAAAUUCCUUAUUUAUGCCUGCCUGCUGCUCUUCUCUGUGUUGCUCUCUCUACGUCUGGAUGACAAAAUUCAGUGGAGUUACUGGGCUGUGUUUGCUCCAAUAUGGCUGUGGAAGUUGAUGGUGAUUGUUGGUGCCUCGGUGGGAACAGGAGUAUGGGCUCGGAACCCGCAGUACCGAGCAGAAGGAGAAACCUGUGUGGAGUUCAAAGCUAUGUUAAUUGCAGUAGGCAUCCACCUGCUACUGCUGAUGUUCGAAGUCCUGGUGUGUGACAGGAUCGAAAGAGGAACCCAUUUCUGGCUUCUGGUCUUCAUGCCCUUGUUCUUCGUGUCUCCGGUGUCAGUUGCAGCGUGUGUGUGGGGAUUCCGACACGACAGGUCCCUGGAGCUGGAAAUCUUGUGUUCAGUCAAUAUUCUACAGUUCAUAUUUAUUGCACUCAGACUAGACGAGAUCAUCAAGUGGCCGUGGCUUGUUGUUUGUGUUCCACUGUGGAUCUUGAUGUCCUUCCUGUGCCUGGUGGUGCUCUAUUACAUUGUGUGGUCUGUUCUGUUCCUGCGCUCUAUGGACGUGAUUGCUGAGCAGAGGAGGACACACAUCACCAUGGCUGUCAGCUGGAUGACAAUUGUGGUUCCACUGCUCACAUUUGAGAUCUUGCUAGUACACAGACUGGAUGGGCAUAAUUCUUUUUCCUUCAUACCCAUAUUUGUUCCUCUCUGGCUUUCACUGAUAACAUUAAUGGCAACAACAUUUGGGCAAAAAGGAGGAAAUCACUGGUGGUUUGGAAUUCGCAAAGACUUUUGCCAGUUCCUACUUGAAAUCUUCCCAUUCUUACGAGAAUAUGGAAAUAUUUCUUAUGAUCUUCAUCAUGAAGAUAAUGAGGAGACAGAAGAAACACCACUGCCUGAACCGCCAAAAAUUGCACCAAUGUUUCGAAAAAAGACUGGAGUGGUCAUUACACAGAGUCCUGGAAAAUAUGUGAUUCCACCUCCCAAGUUAAACAUUGAUAUGCCAGAUUAAGAUGACAGUAGCAUAUUAAACUUGAACUGGUCAUCAGCAGACAAAUGUAUUUCAUCUCAUGCCUUGUCCAAAUCCCUUUAAAAUAGGUAUUGCUGAAUCAGUGGCUUGGAUUACACAAAUCAGAGAUCUCGAAGAUAAUCUGAGAGCUUUUCCAGAGGAUUGUGGUUGUCUAAUUUGUGAACCUUCCUCACGGGUUGGUUGCACGCUUGCCUGUAUAGUAUUUAUAUGAACAUUUUUAGCAGUGUAAUAUAUUGUUUAAAAGUCUUGUUGUGUACAGUAUAAGUAUUAUCUAAAAGUAUUUUUUUAAAAACCCUGUAUGAAAUGCCUAUGCUAUUCCAGGUGUCUUUUAGGUCCUAAAUAUACACUUGAUUUUUGUGUCUCUUUUAAAUGCUUUGGGGAUGCCUUAGCAUAGUACCUCUUUACUACUUUUUCUGUUCAGCCACAAUCAUUGUCUCAACCACAGAGGCACAAGAGUGUUGCUCUUCUCAUGCAACACUGGAAAGCUUUUUUGGGGGGGGAGAAGUAGAGUAUAUGGCAACUUACAUGAUGCUUUUGAGUUAGUCAUGUAAAUUUUCAUGUAAGUAUUUCAACUUUUGCACUGUCUUGGGAGUCACAUGUUGCUUUUGUUGCUUUACCAGUUCCACAUUUUGAUACUUCCUGAGCAGCAUGUACACCAUUCUCCCACUAGACUGGCUGUUUAAUAAGCUGUU